CUGGUAAAAUUUGAUUUUUUGUUACCCAAUGCCAGGCUGAUAUUGCACACUCUUCGCUCUACAACCCUAGCCCAGAACGCCGCUCAGCUCUACCUACCGGCGAGGAACUUUUGAUCACCGCUGACGCCGAGAGCUACAUGAUCUCUCAGGAGCGCCCGGAUGUCCCAACAAUUUUUGGUCAGACGACGCGUGAAAUGGGUUACUUUUUCCCUUUCUUUGACGUCGCAAACAACGAUGCAGCCCUUGAGAAUGCUAUCAAAAAUUUGAUUACCUGGACACCACCUAGCCUGUUUCCCAGUGAAGAGACGCGAAAAAUUCUAAAAAUCCAGCGCAACUUGUCUGCUGAAGGAAUCCCGGAUACGUUGCAAAAAUACUACUUCGAAACAGAUGACAGUGAUUGCAGCAAGGAAUGCAGGAUGGCAAAGGUAAAGACAACCCAAUACAUUUUCUCCUACAUCGAAAUUAUAUUAGAAGCGGCUUUUUCCAUUGUUUCGAGGGGAAAAUUGGACCCAAGUACAAAUACACUUGAAUCAAGAAAUGAUUUUUCUGAGUGUUGUUGUCUGACCGUCCGUUCAUACCCUGAGAAUAAUGUGAGCCGAAGGUUUAAAGUGUUCAAGAUGACGUCGUUUACAACAACGGAAUGUUUCGUCCAAAUCCUUUCAAUAACACUCUUAAUGCACUGUAAAAAGCUUGCGAAGAACUAUUCUUUGCAGUGCAAAGAAUUUUCAAGCGUUGUAAAAUGCUUUGCAUUGCGAACUAAAUCCUUCGCAUUGCAAACUAAUUCUUUGCACCUUUCGAAGAAAAUAGUUUGGAAUGAAAAGAAAAUAGUUUGCAAUGCAAAGAAAAUAGUUGGCAAUGGAAAGAAAAUAGUUUGCAAUGCAAACUUCCUUACAAUGCUUGAAAAUUCUUCGGAAGAAUUUUGCAGUGUGGGGUGAAAAGAGGUUACACGGACCUUUCACUCUGACACUUUGAGUGUCACAUUUAGUCGCUCAUUUGCACCGUUUUGUCGUCUUUACCGAAAAAGGUCCAGGAAAAGUCCAAUCUCGGCCCUGAAUAUCGAUUACACUCCUAGAUACACAAUAUUUUGCGUCGG